CUGCACCGAGGUGUAUCUCCAUGGAGAAAUCCACUGAGAAGCUGAACAAGGAGCAUGGAUCCACAGCUCCUGGAGCACCACAGGCUGAAAACCAGAGUCCUGCACCCGCUGUGGAAUGUGCUGCAGGAAUGAGCAGUGCAGGACCCCAAACAGAGGAUGUGAAGAGCCUGGGAUUCACUGAAGAAUGUGUUAAAGAAACGGAGAGACCUUCAGGCAUGGAGCAAGACAGUCCCGAUGCCUCUAAACCAGCAGUUUUGGAAAGAGGCUGUCCCAGCUCAGUGCCUCUUGUGCUAACAAACAAAAACCCUCCUGAAGGACAUGGUUUGGAAAUGAACCACCAGUGUUCGACCACAUCUAUUGAUUUGGACUGCCUGGUCUGCUUCAACAAGUACAGCAUGAACAGAGUGCCCAAGCUCCUGGACUGCCAGCAUGCCUUCUGCGCAGUGUGCCUCAAGCUCAUCCUUAGGAAAGAUGGGAAUACCUGGAUAAUCACCUGCCCUCUGUGCCGAAAAGCCACUUUUGUGUCAGGAGGACUCAUCCGCACGCUUCAAACCAAAGAAGACAUCAUGAAGCACUUGGAAAGCCCCAGUUCACACCCUGAGGUACACAUCUCUGCCACAGGGCUGGGCAGCAGUAGCUGGACUCGGAGCAGCCGAGACUUGCGCUACAGAGAUGAAAACGUCCCAGCAGACAACAUGCUGGCUGUGCAGAGACUUCUGCUGCUGCUGCUGCUGGCGGUGAUCCUCACCAUCCUCAUCCUCCCCUUUAUAUACUCUGGGAUGGUAAAAUGGGUGGUUUGUCUCAUGCUUGCUUUGGGGGUGGUCAUGUCUGUGGCGCUUUGCUGCACUCCUAAAUUCUUCUGGAGGUCUAACAGGGACGUGCUCACCUCCUGCCACAAAGAGACCCACAUCGCUGCUAUAGCCUGAACCAAUAAUGGAGUGGGCCUGCCUGCAGAGCUGUCUCAUCAGUUUGCUUUUGUUGUUUUGCUCUUGUGUCAUCUCCUGAUCAGCACUGCAGAACGUUAUCUGAAUCUGAGAGAUUAUGUGCUGUGAAAAUCCCAUGGCUGUGCUUUUCCCACUCUCAACACAGGUACAGCUUUUCUUGGGAGACUGUGGGGAAGAAGGACUGCUACCUCAGGGACUGGGUGCCCAGCCUCAGGGGAUGAGAGGCUUUAACCCACGUUAGCACUUGAAUCCCCACCACGGCCCAAGUGCUUAUGGCACAGGGAUGGGAACGGGACUGGGAAAAGGGGAUGUCAGUUGAUGCCAUUUUAAGUUACACACUGUAUUGGAGAAGAAGAGGCAAAAUCAACACUCCUAAUUCUGAGUCUGCAGCUUGCCAAGGGCAAAUUCCCCAUAUUAUUCAGCACUGAAACAGUUCCUCUCACCUGAACUCCUUUAUCUGGCUACCUGCACCACCUCUCUUCUCACCCUCUUUACACCAAGUACGACAUUGCCCUUGGAGAUGCUCCCCCAGAUCAACUGCUAGGA